GCUGAUAGUUAACACGCACGCGCGCGCGCGCACACACACACACACAAGUUCGUUCGCAGGAGAAAAGAGAAGGAAGAGAAAUUGAGAAUUACAAGUCGAGGGAGAAAUCUAAGUACGGUUCUGCACUUUUCUUUAUUAAUCAAAAUUUUCUCUUAUUCGUUGUGGUAUAAAAAUCUUCGGCCGCACCUUCCUUCACUAGCAAUCGCGCCAUUGCGUCUUUUUUGUCCUUCUCCCUGUACUGGUAAUAAUAAGUAUUUAGCGCCGCAAGGGCACGGUUAGUGUAGUAGUAAAUUCAUUCAAUAUCCCUUUCGACGGCGAGCGAGCGAGCGAGUUUAUUGCUACUUAACGAGAGAUGGCAACGCUGGUGGAUGAAUCUACCGUCAAACUUGAUCCAAAAGUGGUGGGGAAUGCUUUUGCAGAGCAUUACUACAACACCUUGUCCAAGUCUCCUGAGCUGCUCCAUAACUUUUACAAUGAUGCGAGCUUGCUUGGCAGGCCAGGCUCAGAUGGAUCAGUGUCUCCUAUUUCAACUUUAGAAGAGAUUAAAAAAUUGAUCCUCUCUCUUGACUAUAAGAAUUGUUUAGUCGAGAUACAGACUAUUGAUUCUCAGGAAUCUUAUGAGAAUGGGGUAAUGGUGUUGGUUACUGGUUUCUUUGCUGGAAAGGACAGUACCAGACAAAAAUUUACACAAGCAUUUUUCUUGGUCCCGCAAGAUGAUGGAAGGAGAUAUUAUGUUUUGAAUGAUAUUUUUAGAUACAUGGAAGAAUCAGAGAAUAAGAAAAUUAGUGAUGAAGACAACAUUGCUCCAGCUACACCUGUUAUCCCAUGUCCUGGUAGGGAGCCAACCUCCAUUCCUAAUCGCUCUGUCUCUGCCGAUUUGUCUACCACUUUGGAGGAGGGUGAUGAUCAAGCUAAAGAAUCCGGUCAUCCUUUGGACAAUGGAGAGAUUCCCACUUGUGAGAAAGAGGUGGUUGUCGAGAAAGUUGUUACCACUCAGGAUGAUGCUCACCCAGUUUCUGAGGCAGUUGCUUCUGGUGUCCAGGAGGAGGAUGCCCCCAAGAAGUCCUAUGCAUCAGUGGCAAAUGCAUUGAAUUUCAAAACACAACCAUUUCAACAGAGGGUUUCUCCCGUGAAACCUGUGAAACAGUCACAUACAGCUGUACCAUCUGUGGUCUCUUCUCAACAAACAGGUUAUCGCCCUCCCAGCAACAAUUCUGUGGAAAUCAAUAACAACAGUGCUGCAGUUGAGGGUUACUCCAUAUUUGUUGCAAAUUUGCCUCUGGAUGCUACUGUUGACCAGCUUGUGCAGACUUUUACAAGAUUUGGGGCUAUUAAACCUAGUGGUGUGCAAGUCAGAAGUUAUAAGCAAGAUAAGAACUGUUUUGGUUUUGUGGAAUUUGAAUCAGCUGAUUCUGUGGAGAAGGCCCUUGAGGUCUCUACUGUCAUGAUUGGCACUCGAACAGCGCAUAUUGAGAGAAAGAAUGCAGCAAAAAAUGGUGGUGAAAAGUAUCCUUCAAGAAAGGGUGGUUUUAGGAAUGGCAAUUUUAGGAGCCGUGGAAACUUGAAUGGAGGCCAUGGCUAUGGCAGAAAUGAUUUUGAGAAUCAGGGUAGAGUCUCUGGUCAAUCUUGGGGCACCACUGGACGCCAUGGAGAAGCUAACAAGAAAGUUUAUCUGGACGGGGAAGCUAGAGGUCCCCGUCAAGCUCGGGCUGGGAAUAACUAGACAAUCUCUUUCGCUAGAAUUUUGUUUAUUGCAAUUUUUUUUCCCGAUUCACAGCCAGGUAGGAAAGAUGAGAGCAAAUAGAUCAAGGCAUUUUAGUUUUAUGCUCUUAAGAUUUUGGUAAAGGUUAAUUGAGUAAUUGCGAGGUAUCAUGAAAACAUAUAAUGCGGGGUUUUUAUGCUUUGGGAUAUUAUUUCUUAAGAAAUUAUUUCAAAGAAUUUUUCUGGUGUUGAU